AUGUCAAUUACUGAAAAAGUUAAUUUAACAACAGGAACAGGAUGGGGAUCAGGACCAUGUGUUGGAAAUACUGGAAGUGUUCCAAGACUAGGUAUUCCAAGUAUUUGUCUUCAAGAUGGACCUAAUGGAGUAAGAUUUACAGAUUUCGUAACUCAUUUCCCAUCAGGCUUAGCUACUGCAGCUACGUUUAAUAAAGGAUUAAUGUAUUUAAGAGGUAAAGCUAUUGGUAAAGAACAUCGUAAAAAAGGUGUGCAUGUUGCUUUAGGUCCAGUUAUUGGUCCCAUGGGUUUAAAAGCUGCCGCCGGCAGGAAUUGGGAAUCAUUUGGUGCUGAUCCUUAUUUACAAGGUGUUGGUGGAGCAGCGACCGUUGAAGGAAUGCAGGAUGAAGGAGUUAUUGCAACAGCAAGACAUUUAAUUGGUAAUGAACAAGAACAUUUUCGCCAAGUUGGUGAAUGGGAUCAAAAUGGUUGGGAUAAAUUAGAAUGUUCAUUAAGUUCAAAUAUUGGUGAUAGAGCUAUGCAUGAAGUUUAUCUAUGGCCAUUUGCCAAUGUAGUCCGAGCUGGUGUUGGAAGUGUCAUGUGUGCUUAUAAUCGAGUCAAUAAUACAUAUGCUUGUGAAAAUUCAAAUUUAUUGAAUAAUUUAUUAAAAUCUGAAUUAUCAUUUCAAGGGUUUGUCGUUUCAGAUUGGGGUGCUCAACAUUCAGGAGUCAAUUCAGUCAUUUCUGGUUUAGAUAUGAGUAUGCCGGGUGAAGUUUUUGAUGAUUGGUUAACUGGGAAAUCAUAUUGGGGACCAUUAUUAACAAGAGCUGUUUAUAAUGGAACAAUUAGUCAAGCAAGAUUAGAUGACAUGGCCAUGAGAAUCCUUGCCCCAUUUUUUGCUAUUAAAAGUGUUCAAUUACCUACUGAAGAUGAUGUACCCAAUUUCAGUUCAUGGACUCAUCAUACAUAUGGACAAGAAUUCCCCUAUCAACAUUAUGGUCCAAUUGUUCAAAAAAACUGGCAUAUUGAAGCAAGAUCAGAAUUUAGUGAUAACACUGCUAUAACCGUUGCAAGAGAGAGUAUUGUAUAUACUUAA